UUAGGAUACUGUCCCUUCUAUGAGAAACUGAACUUAUGUAAAUUUUGGAUAAAUUUUUCAGUUGGUGCCAAUCCUUUGGACUAUAUUUCAAAUUGAUAUCAAUACUUUAAUUUGAAUAUAACUGGUACCCAAACUACACAAAAGGAUAUCAAUUUAGAGCAACUCUCCAAUUUUCGACCAAUUGAUACUAAUAUGACAAUCUGAUGAUGAGGUAUACCUACUCAUUUCAAUUUUUCUUAUACAAAGUUUGAUUUUAUUAAUAUAAUCUUUAAUGAGGAAAAAACAUGAUAUUAGUACGCUCAACUGCCCAAAAUCAUCAGGCCUCCUAAAUAUACUCUGAAGUUGGACCAAAGUCCAUGAGAAUAUCAUGUGAAAAUAACCUAGUUAGAGGAAUGUACGCAAAAAGGGGUAAAACAAAAUAGGGCUGUUAAAUAGCAGUAUAAAAGAGUAGAGAAACUAAAAUAAUAACCAACACACUAUACAAAAAACCAACCAGAACACAACAGCGAGCAAUAUAUCUAAAAUAUAGAUCAAGACAUCCACAAAAAAAAAGAAAAAAAAGAAUCUAGAAAGCACACGAGCAAAAUGAUGAAUAGUUUUUUCUGGUUUUCUAGUUAUAGAAAAGAAAUGCUAUUACAAUUUCUGAACAAAAAUGUGAUACACGUCAAAUCUUGUUAAGGAAAAGCAAGAUAAGUUUUUGCAAUAACAAUUUUGACAUUAAAAGCGUUUUUGUUAUUGGAAGCAAUUAUUAAGCCAACUGAAUUGUAAUCCUCAAAAAAAGAAAAGAAAAAAGAAUAGUGCCAUUAUUGAUCUAAUAUAAAAAGGUGAGUAAUAUUUGCCACUCUUCAACAAAUAUCUCUUCCCCUCCAAAGAGACAUAUUCUUGUCUCCAGGAACAUCUAACCUCUUCACUAAAGCAAUGGCUUUGCCAAUUACUUCAAAUCAAGAAAAUGUUGGCUCUUCCAUUUGUGGGUUCCAUUGGCUUCAUGCCUUUCUUGCAAGUUUAAGGGCUAAAGUCUUAGAAAUUGCAAAAUAUGCAAAGAAAAUAGCAAAAGAUGAUCCAAGAAGAAUCAUUCACUCACUUAAGGCAGGACUUGCUGUUAUUUUGGUUUCUUUACUAUACUACAUUGAACCACUUUAUAAUAGUUUUGGUGUUAAUACAACUUGGGCAGUUUUAACUGCUGUGGUCGUCUUUGAAUUUUCUGUGGGAGCAACUCUUGGAAGAGGUCUAAGUAGGAUGUUAGCAACACUGGUAGCUGGUGCUCUUGGCCUUGGAGCUCAUCGUCUAGCGACACUUUCCGGGGACAUGUCAGAGGCCAUAGUAAUCAACGUAAUUGUCUUUUCAAUAGUUGCAAUUGUGUCGUUUGCAAGGUUUUUCCCGAAAAUGAAAGCAAGAUUUGAUUAUGGAUUGAUGAUAUUCAUAUUGACAUUCUCCUUGAUAGCAGUAUCAGGUUAUCGAGAAGAAAGCAUACCAAAAAUGGCACUUGAGAGACUCACAACAAUUGUUGCUGGCAGUUGUGUUACUAUUCUAGUCAAUAUUUGCAUAUUCCCUGUAUGGAUCGGACAGGAUCUUCACAAUCUAGUUGCUGCUAACUUGGAGAAGCUUGGAAACUUUUUACUAGGAUUUGGAGGUGAAUACUUUGGAGUGUCAGAAGAUGAAGAUGCACCUAAUGAAGAUAGGUCAUUUCUUCAAGGAUAUAAAAGUGUUCUCACUUCUCAAAGUGGUCAAGAAAACAUGGUUAAUUUGGCAAGAUGGGAACCUGGUCAUGGCCGCUUUAGGUUUCGCCAUCCUUGGAAGCAAUACCUAAAGAUUGGAAACUUAAUUCACCAAUGUGCCAUUAAAAUUGAUGCUCUUAACAACUACCUCGACCCUCAAAUCCAGACUCCCAUGGAAAUUCGAAGAAAAAUUCAAGAACAAUGCACAGAAAUCAGCUUAGAGUGCGGAAGAGCUCUCAGGGAAUCAUCAUUAUCAUUGAAAACGAUGGCCCGAAAUGAAUCUGCUCGUCUCCAUGUAGCAAACUCAAAAACUGCUGCUGAAAAUCUCAAAUCACUUAUAAAAAUAGGUUUAUGGGAAGAAGCAGACCUACUAGAGAUAACAUCAGUCACUGCAGUUGCUACCCUUUUAAUGGGGACUGUUCAAAGCACUGAAAGAAUUGUUGAUGCUGUCCAUGAAUUAGCAUCUAUGGCAGGUUUCAAGACUGAAAUAACAACGUCAAGUUUCAUCCAAAGAGUACACGAUGUCAAUGUACAGAACCAUGAAAUUACCAUGGGUGGUGAAUGA